UCCAUUAUUUCAUUGAGCGAAAGUUUCCCCCUAUUUUCAAAGGCAAAAGAAAUUAAUACUUUCUCAAAUUUUCAGUCAACCCCUCUACUUAGUAUUGACCCAUAAAUCUCCAUCUAGCCACCACCACGCCGCUGGUUCCACUGCUACCAAAUCCAGCACCGACUAGAAUUUUCUUCUCCAUUGACCCAAUACCUACAUCUAAGAAAGAGAAAUUUCAACAUUCAAAAGGGAAGUGCCAGAUAGCUAUUUCAGCGUUUGCAGGGGCCAAUGGAAGAGGAUACGCUCAAAUCUCAUUUUGAGAAGAUCAUCUUGAUUGGGAAGAAAUAUCUUUUACGGAGGAUUCAGGACUUUAUGAUACUGUAUUUGCCGUUGACCAUGACAAAGAGAGAGCACAACAGUGUGGUCUUGAACCAAAUGGAUUCAGCUUUGAUGGAGCUGAUGCUGUCGGAGUUGAUUAUGCUCUGAAUAGGAUAAUAUGGGUGAUGCUACUGGAAAUGGUGGCGGAAUGUCAAUUUGAUCUUAAUGUGAAUGCGAAGAAUUAUUGGAUAAUUAGGAUGUCUAAUAUUCAUGGUACUAUAUGAAUAUACUCACUUUUGUAAAGUUUAUUGUUAAUGGGCAUUUUGAUUCAUUGUUUUGUUAGUA